AUGGUGAAGAGUCGACAGAACUCGACGACUACGGUCGAUCGAGAGAAGGAUGAGAUUAAGAAGGCCAUGGGCGGCGAAAAGGCCGAGUUCGAGGCUCUCGAGGUAGCCCGCCACGGAGGCCGUGAGGUCGACGACCUUAUCAGCGAUAUGGAGCGCCAGCUCGAGGAAUCUGGUGGUCUCAAGCAGGGAUUCUUCCAGAUCCAAUUCGCCAACCCUAAGCACUUCACCUGGCUUCUUGUUGCCUUUGCGUCCAUGGGAGGUCUUUUGUCUGGUCUUGAUCAGUCUCUCAUCAGCGGCGCAAACUUGUUCCUCCCCGAUGAUCUUGGUCUCAAUGAGCGACAGAACAGUCUUGUCAACUCGGGCAUGCCUCUUGGAGCCGUCGGAGGUGCACUUUUGCUGUCUCCUGCCAACGAGUACUUUGGUCGAAAGGGCGCUAUCAUCAUUUCUAUUAUCCUCUACACAAUCGGUGCUGCUCUGGAAGCUGGUUCCAUGAACUUUGGUAUGAUUGUCUCCUCGCGUGUGAUUCUCGGUCUUGGUGUCGGUCUCGAGGGUGGUACUGUUCCCGUCUACGUCGCUGAGACUGUCGAGCGAAGGAUCCGAGGAAACUUGGUUUCUCUGUACCAGUUCAACAUUGCGCUCGGUGAAGUCUUGGGUUAUGCCGUCGGCGCCAUGUUCCUCAGGGUCCCCGGAAACUGGCGGUACAUUCUCGGUUCAUCGCUUGUCUUCUCUACCAUCAUGUUCUUCGGCAUGCUCUUCCUUCCCGAGAGUCCUCGUUUCCUCAUCCACAAGAAGCGCCACCUCGACGCCUUCAAGGUGUGGAAGCGCAUCCGUGGUGUUGAGUCGCGUGACUCCCGCGAGGAGUUCUACGUCAUGAGCUCAUCCGUCGUUGAAGAAGAGAACGCAGUCACUGAGGGGGCCAAGAACACCCGCUUCCCAUGGAUGGACUUCUUCACCCAACCCCGCGCCCGCCGCGCUCUCAUUUACUGCAACGUUAUGAUUCUCCUUGGUCAAUUGACUGGUGUGAACGCGAUUAUGUACUACAUGUCUGUCCUCAUGAACCAAAUCGGCUUCAACAAGGAGAAGUCCAACUACAUGUCCCUCGUUGGUGGCGGAUCGCUCCUUAUCGGUACCAUUCCUGCCAUUUUCCUUAUGGAAAGAUUCGGUCGACGAUUCUGGGCUAUUACCAUGCUUCCUGGGUUCUUUAUCGGCCUUGUCCUGAUUGGUGUUAGUUACCAGUUCGAUGUCGCCACCCAGCUCAUGACGGUCGAGGGACUCUACCUCACUGGCCUGAUUAUCUACAUGAGCUUCUUUGGUUCCUACGCUUGCCUCACAUGGGUAGUACCUUCCGAAAGUUACCCAACAUAUUUAAGAAGCUACGGCAUGACAAUCUCUGAUGGUCUUCUGUUCCUUGCUUCUUUUAUCGUCACCUACAAUUUUUCCGCCAUGCAGGAGACUAUGGGCAAGACCGGCCUCACUCUGGGAUUCUACGGCGGUAUCGCUGUGAUUGGAGAGAUCUAUCAAAUCUUCUUUAUGCCAGAGACCAAGAACAUGACCCUCGAAGAGAUUGAUGUUGUGUUCUCGCGCCCUACCAUGGAUAUCGUCCGGGAGAACUGGGCCAAUGCCAAGGAAACCACUUACCUUCUCUGCACCGGAAAAUGGUACAAAGUAUUUGUCGAGCAGGCUAUGGUCGACCCUAAAGACCAGCCUGAGAUUACUCAUGCUUGA